AUGGGAUUACUGUCACAAAUAUCGAUUGCUUUGGGUAUUUCACGGAAACAGAUAAGUAUUGUAAUGAUUGGCCUUGAUAAUAGUGGCAAGUCAACCAUUAUCAAUCAGAUGAAACCACAAGAAGAUCAAGUAACUCAGCUUAUGCCAUCAAUUGGUUACACAACCGAAAAAUUUAUUUUUAACAAUACAACAUUUUUGGUAUAUGAUAUGUCUGGACAAGGUUCGCCAUUUUCUCCAGGAAAAUACCGGAAUUUAUGGGAGAAUUACUACAAAGAAGUGGAUGGUGUAGUAUUUGUUGUUGAUAGCAAUGAUCGAUUACGAUUAGCAGUUGCUCGUGAUGAAUUACGAUUAUUAUUGGAUCAUAAAGAAUUUAGCCGAAGAAAG